AUGAGGCUGAUGAUUUUGGUUUGUGUGGCGGCUGUGGCGCUGGCCCAGCCCGACAAGCUCCCUCGCCGAGUCACCCGGCGUCGGCAGCAGGCUCCCCAGCCGACCUUCUUCGACCAGCAGCAGGCUUCCCAGCCGACUUACUUCGACCAGCAGCAGUUCCAGCAGCCGCAGCAGCAGCAGCAGUUCCAGCAGCCGCAGCCUGAGGCCGACAUCAGCCGCCCGCUGAGCGAGGAGCGCCGCCGCGACCGCGACGCCGUCAUCACCAGCUUCACCAGCGAGCGGAGCGACGCCGGUGCGCGGCACGCCUACACGGCCGACAACGGCCUCGAGCGAGAGGAGACCAUCCAGCUGCGCGAGGUGGUCUCGGUCGACGAGGACGGUAACGAGGUGGUGACCACAGUGCCGGUGGUGAGCGGCAAGUUCCAGUUCCUGCUGGACGACGGCAGCGUGGUGACGAGGAGCUACACCACCGACGAGCGGGGCCACCUGGUCUGGCAGGGCACCGACCUGCCGCAGGCGCCGGCGCCCCAGCCCGUCUACCAGUAG